CGGCGUGAAGGGUUUCCAGGGUUCGAUCUCUUUCCCCUCGCCCUUCCUCGCCCCGACAGCCCCGCUAGGAUUCUCCCCGCACCCGAUCGCCUCUCCCCAUCUCGACUAGAACAUAGCCGCGCCGCUGACCUGGGACAGGGAGGGGCAGUACCACCGGGAAGGGGGAGCACCACCGGCCACCGUAGCGACCUGCCCGCAGGGAUCUGGCGUCGGCGUAAGUUGUCAUCUCGCCCUCGCGGUUCUUGCAUCGCGCAGCCAGGGGCCACCCCCUGGCGGUCCUGCCCUGCUCCCUCCACCCCAAGCAAUCGGCGACGACUGCCCGCGCGGCCGUGCCGUUUUGUUGCCGGCCGACUAUCCUGCGUCUCCUCUCCCCAAUGCUCCAGCACUCCUUCGCUGACCACCCUGCCUGCCGGGUUGCCGGACAGAAUUUUAUUGAGGCCAGCCACAUCACACACAGCACGCAGGUAUUGUAUAUUCUCCGAGAAUGGCUAGCGAGGAAGGGGUAUACCGUGCAGACUAGUAGUCCAAGGACAGAUUUUCUACAGAGCUGGUGAGCCAGGACAUAUACUAGAGAGAAGUGUACGGGCAGGGCUAUAUUUCAUAAAGGUUGUGAACCGGCCAGGGUGCAAGUGGUACACAAAUGUAUAGAGGCAUGAAGAUACCAGCAGUGGCUGCCCUUGCUUUUGUUGUUCUCACUGGAGUCUCACUAGCAAGUCCUGGUUACUGGGCACAUGAUUGUGAUGGGAACUACACAGUGCCCAGAAGCUACCAGAAGAGCUUGGAGCAGCUGUCUGCAGGGCUGCCCGAUGCGGUGUCCUCCUCCCCAGAUCUGUUUGACAAAAAGGUUCUCGGAUCCUGGGGGGGCAGGGUAUAUGGCCUGGGGCGUUGUCGUCCUGGUACAGAUGCAUCUACAUGCAAGGCAUGUCUCAAUGAAGCCUUCCAGGAUGCACGGGUCGUAUGCCCAUCGAGGAAGAGGGUGUACAUGUUCUACGAACUUUGUACCCUAGCUUUCAGCGACCAGGACAUUCUAUCUCACUCGACCUGGAACAAAGGUGUCAGUAAGGUCAAUGGUUCUCAGGUGCCUGCCCAGUGCAGCAAUGUAUUCAACAAGGCUGUCAAUGGAUUGAUCAUAUAUUUGGUGAAGAUGGCAGCUGAUUCCCCUCACAGGUUUGCCACGGGGCAAAAAAAGUUAACUGGAGAUGCUUGCACAUACAGCCUAUAUGGCCUUGCGGAGUGUUUGCCAAACAUGUCAGCUGCCAACUGUACUGACUGUUUAGAGAACUUGGCGGAUGUACCUCUUCUUCUUGGGUAUGAGAGCGAGUGGAGAUCUGCAGUGAUGUGCAGCUACAGGUUGGAGCCACGCCCCUUCUUUGACAUUGGUAAGGGCGGGUUAGCCACCCCCGCAGGAAAAAACGGGAAGAAGCAGGCUAAACGCCCUUCUGCAAUCAAGUUCUUUGAUGAUAUCACAGCCAACGUCCAAGGAAAGACAAUUGUGAUGUUUUUGGACUACGACGGUACUUUAACGCCAAUUGUGAAAAAGCCUGAAAGGGCCUUUAUGUCCGAGCAGACGCGUAAUGCUGUUAGAGAACUUGCGAUGACUUUCUCGACUUCAAUCGUCACCGGAAGGAGCUGUGACAAGGCAAAAGGGUUCAUACAGCUCGACGAACUGCACUAUGCAGGGAGCCAUGGGCAGGACAUCCAACUGAAUGACGGAACAGAUCCCUUCCAACCUAACAGCGAGUAUUUACCGGUAAUAGCUGAGGCCACAGAGCGUCUGAAAGAGGCUGUCAGAGAGAUCAAAGGUGCCAGUGUGGAAAACAAUAAGUUCUGCGUUUCUGUGCACUACCGGGAAGUUCGCAGGGAAAAGGAUAAGGACUUACUUAAGAACAUCGUGAUGAGAACUGUGACAGAAGAAUUUCCUGAUCUCAAGGUGACCAACGGUAAAAAGGUUCGAGAGGUUCGUCCAGGGGCGAAAUUCGACAAGGGAGACGCCGUCAAGUAUCUCCUCCAGCAGCUCACCAACAAACAUAGCUGGGACAGCUCUCGGAUCUUACCAAUCUAUAUUGGUGAUGAUAAGACCGAUGAAGACGCUUUUAAGGUGCUUUCUGAGGAGGGUGGAUUUGGGAUCCGCGUCUGCAAGUGGCGCAAGAGGACUGCAGCUGAGUACUCUCUAAAGAACCCCAGUGAGGUGAAAGAGUUCCUAGAGAAGCUGGUGCGCUGGAGGAGAGAACAGGACCAAGUUUGA